CGCACUCCGCUCGGCGCGGCUGCUCCUCGCUCGCGCCCUAGCCGUCUGCCGUUCAUUGCCGACUUGACCGCAAGAGCGAUACGACGUACUGUCGCUAGCAUAUUUUUUUUCGCAAAACUUUCAACUUUUUCCAAAACUAAAUUACCUUUGGUACAUUAUUUAUUUGCAAUAAAUCGAAGCGGUCAACUACAAAGACGGCGCUCGAUAAUAUUUAUCGCAGUGAUCGCAAAGUUGAUCACAAUUUUAAAAGUCGGCGAUUAUAGCGUUUGCCGUUUUUAGUUGCGCGACUUUUAAAUUCUUGGACCAAAAAAAUUGAAGAUUUUUUGUGGCGUUCUCGAUAUUGUACUUUUAGACGUGAUACGGGAAGAUAUCCAAGAUGUCGAAAAAACACCUGCACAACCAAGCUGCUAUACCGCUCGCUCCUGCGGUAUUUAAGAAACCUCAAUUACGGCCGAUGAUAGCCGAGUAUGAUCCCAAGAAAAAAGGAGUCAAAAAUGACUUGUCAGAUCUUGUUAUGGUCAAAUACAAAGUUGAUCCAAAUGAAAUCCCGGUGGAACAACAGGCGGGGUCUACCCUUCCCCUCAUGGAGAUACCAGGUCGGGAUAUCGAGGAGGAUGAGGACUAUAAUCCGUUUGAACACAGAAAAUUAGCGCAUCCUACAUCGGAUUUGGAUACGCUGAUUCAUCUCCUUAAAGGUUCAUUAGGUAGCGGUAUAUUAGCUAUGCCUAUGGCUUUUAUGAAUGCCGGUCUAUAUUUUGGACUAGUUGCUACAUUCCUCAUUGGAGGAAUUUGCACUUACUGCGUUCACGUGCUAGUAAGAACUGCACACGAUCUAUGUAGAAGACUGCAGAAACCAUCUCUUGGAUUUGCGGAAACUGCUGAAGCUGCCUUCUUAGCCGGACCUCCAUCUGUGCACAAAUUCUCGAGGCUUGCCAAGGCUAUGAUAAACUGGUUCCUCGUGAUCGAUUUAUUAGGAUGUUGCUGUGUGUAUAUAGUGUUCGUUGCAAAAAAUGUAAAACAAGUAGUAGAUUUUCAUGCAAAAGAAAGUGAUUGGCUACCACAUGAUAUGGACAUCAGAAUUUACAUGGCAUCACUUCUACCACUCCUGAUUUUAAUGAAUCUUUUAAGAAAUCUCAAGUAUUUGGCUCCAUUCUCAAUGAUUGCUAAUCUUUUAGUGGGCACUGGAAUGGGUAUAACAUUGUAUUACCUUUUCCAAGAUAUUCCUAGCCUAAGUUCUCGGAAGGCAUUCGCUGGUGUCAAUCGCCUUCCCACAUUUUUCGGUACUGCAAUCUUUGCUCUUGAAGGAAUCGGCGUCGUAAUGCCUCUCGAAAAUAACAUGAAGACACCCACUCACUUCAUAGGCUGCCCUGGAGUUCUCAAUACUGGCAUGUUCUUUGUUGUAUCAUUGUAUGCUUUGGUCGGCUUCUUUGGAUAUUUGAAAUACGGAGAUACUACUUUAGGAAGCAUUACAUUGAACCUGCCAGAGUAUGAAGUAUUGGGUCAAUGUGUAAAGCUUAUGAUUGCCGUAGCUAUAUUUUUCACGUACAGUCUACAAUUCUAUGUACCCAUGGAAAUUAUCUGGAAAAACGUCCGCCAUUGGUUCGGAGCCAAGAAAAGCCUCGCUGAAUACAGUAUUAGAAUUGCUAUUGUAAUAAUGACGGUGUGCAUUGCUAUAGCUAUUCCAAAUCUAGGUCCUUUCAUCUCUCUCGUAGGUGCUGUCUGUCUCUCCUUCUUAGGUCUUAUUUUCCCUGCCGUAAUUGAAACCGUUACCUAUUGGGACCGACCCAACGGCUUAGGCCGAUUCAACUGGGUGCUGUGGAAAAAUCUAUUCCUUGUUUGUUUCGGAAUUUUAGGAUUCCUCACCGGAUCCUACGUUAGUAUUUUAGAUAUACUCAAAGGAGAAGAGUAAGACAGCAACACGAAAGACUAAGAUAGUAUAAGGCUCAAAAGAAAGUUCGAUGUGGGCUAAGUUCUUUCGUAUUUUUUUUCUUGCUUAUCAUUAUUAUUUUUAUACAACUUUAUUUACUAAGUAGAGAAGUAGAGAUUCCUAACAGAUGUUGAGUUUCUGGAAUGCUCAAAUUUAAAUGUUUGAGAUUAGUAUUAUGUACAUGACUUUUAAGUAUAUCGCGUAAAGCGGGUUGUGUUUUUUAUUCGAAAUAUGUUUAGCCCCGAAUCUCUGUAGCCAUUUACAUAGAAUUAAGCAAACUGUAGAUACAUAAAUAUGAAAUGUGUGAGAAUUUUUCUAGUGCAUUAUUAAAAUGUGAUAAAUUAUUAGGUUUAGAAAAGCGUAAAUUUCUAUGCAUAUAAUAUAGAACUUAUGAUUUAAAAAGAAUGUUAUUCGUUUUGAAAACGUUGACAAUAUCAAUAGUUUAAGUAAAAGGGGUUUGGGUACUUUUGUAUGGGCAAGUGGCAUCGUAAUGAUAUUUCGCGGCCAGUGAUGAAACUUGGACAUUUUAAAAGAGCAAUAUAUUGCGUAUACAAGCGUUCAUAUACAACAUAAUAUUGAUUAUAAUUCUUAAAUAAAUAAAGAAAAUUAAAUAAAUUUAAAGUAAAUGAAUAAUACAAAACCAAAUAUCUCUGUUCCUAAUACUUUUCGAGAUUUGUGUCGAUAAUAAAUUCUUGGAUUAUAAAAUAUCCAAGUUUCAUCACUGGCCGCGAAAGUUCAUCACGACGCCAACUUUACCCAAAGCCCCUUGUGUUUCAUCUGCACAUUUCGACAAAAGUAAAAAUGUGUUGCAAUUUUUGGGGGUAUAUUGUCAAAACAUUGUUUGUGAUAUUAAUGCUUACUUAGUAAUGGCAUUUCAAUAACCAAAAAAACAACAUAAUAUACCUAUUUGCUUAGUGAGAAAAUUGUUCAAAUUGAGCAAUAGCUACUAACUUGGAUACUAAGGCAUUUAACUACCAACAAAUAAUGAAGGUAGGUAUGUUUAACUGAGACGUUAAGUUUAAAUUUUAAUUACUUAUACACUUUUGUUUUGAUGUAGUCAGGACUUUUUAUUAUAUUUUGCCUAAAAAUAAUUAAAUUAAAUAUUAAUUUAGCUUAUAAAUAUUAUAUCUACUAGAUAUUCUUUUACCUUCAUUUAAACAAUCACUUGUACAAUUACAGUGUUUUUAUAUUUAUCUGUCUCAUUUUCGAAUUACUUUAUUGAAAAAAUAAAAAAAUAACACUAUUCUACUACUGUCUACAUUCCUGUAAUUGACAUACCUAUCUAUUAAAUACAGAAGCGCUUACGUAGAGUAAGGCACGCCGCACACCAGGCAUACAUUUGUAUCUCGAUAAUUGUGGCGCCACAUUUGAAACGCGACACAUUUAUCGCCCCCAUAUAUUUGUACGCGAGCACGCACACCGAGGAAACAUUUGUAGCGGGCGCACUUUGUGGCGAGACGUUGUCCGCGCUACACGAAUUCAAGAUCGAACACGUUCGUUAUUUGUGGCGCCACACCAAGAAAUCGUCGUCAUCAGACGAUGAUGUCGACAUUCUCAAAGCGGUGCCACGCUACAACCACGCUACAACUGUGCUUCCGAUGUGCGCAUAUACAAUACAUUUGUAGCAAGCUGAAUAAUUGUAGCGCAUUGAUUGUGGCGACGAAAAUGUUCGAUGCAUGUAGCAUGUGGCGCUGGUGUGCGGCGCGCCUAAAAGAGUAAUGUACACGUACGACAAUUCGCUAGUUAGUAAAUCAAAAUCUAAGGCCCGUUCAAGAGACCUAUUAAGUUUAUGAUAUUAUAAAUCCGAGAAUAUUUAUGCAAUAAUUUCAGUAAAAAAAUUGGCAUAUAAAUUGCUCCUUAAAAAAUUGAAAACAUCUAAAUAGUUAUACCUACCUUAAUUGCUACUAUAGGUACGAAUAACUACCUACUUUUUGAAAAUAAAGUCUAAAUUUACUCUGUGAUUAAUACUUAUUCAUAAUUAUUUAUGUAAGGAAAUCAGGCUAUUAAAUGAUGAUGAGGCAUAGAAUAUAAAAAUAUUGUAUUGGAGUAGGUAUGUUCAAUACUAAGAAUGCAUUAAUUUUGUUCAGUAAUAGAUUUGACUUCAAUUCCUAUUUUAUUAAUGAUACUUUUUGUUUAAGCUUGCAUUAAUCCGUUCCAGUAAUCCAAUAAAAUCUCUUCGAUUUUAAAUAUUAUAUACGUAGUUGAUAAUCAAAUUAUGUUCCUUUGAACGAGUCUAUUGAUUGAUAUUUAUUUUAGUUAACUUCCGAGAGAUUGUGAUUUUGAUUGUUUCAAUAAGAUAAUGAUUUAAGUAUUAAACUAUAGGUAACAGAUGGUUCAAUAGAACUGAAUUUAUUUAGGCCCUUUUGCCUAGAAGUAUUUAAUCAAGUGGAUAAUCGUGGUUAUAUUUUUUAAGAUAGCAAUUAUACAACCGAAAAGCUUCCUUCAAUAGACGAAAUUCAAUUAAAGUUCUAGGAAUUUCAUACACAGACUUUGGCACAAAAAAAUAAUUGAAUAUAUACUAAUUUAACGUUGAAUGUAACCAAAAUGUAACAUAUUGCAUCCGAAAAGUCAAUUGACAAUCAGAGUCAUCAGAGUGCACUAUUUUCUAUAACGUUUUAAAAAAGUUAUUUUCUAUAAGUAAACAUAAGUUUUCUAAAAUAUGUAUGAGGAAAAUCAUUCCUAUUGAUAUAGAUGCGUACAGUUUGGUAUAAAGUGCCAGUUUGCCUAUUUAAUCAUGGGAGUGGUUGUUUUGUUACAGUAUUAAAUAAAACAGUUUAAAGGGUA